AUGGUCUCAGACGAGGCCCGAUACGGUGAAUGUUUGACUGAUCACCCGCCAGGACAUGACUCUGCACAACCUCGUGCUCGCAAGAAACGAAUCCCGACGUCCUGCGGUUCUUGUCGCCAGAGCAAGGUGAAAUGUGAUGGCUCAAGACCAUGCUCUCGAUGCCAGCAACUCCAGAAAACAUGCAACUUUAUCGAGAAGCCCAAAGAACCCCAUGAAUUGAGAAUAGAAGCCUUGGAAAAAGAAAUCGAAUCACUUAGAGCACGUCCACCAUCAGAUGCACCCAACACAGCCAGGCCAUUUACCAACUACGUUCCUAAUACCGAACGACCACUUCAAUUCGCCCCUCCAGCAACUUUCAAUCCACCAUCAGAGACAUUUAACCCCCCAGCAGACAUCAACUACGCACAUGCAUCAAGCGUUCCAUCUCAGCUGGCAGUCUCAACCAGUACAAGCUCCCCAGAAACCACAUCACAUUUCCCAAGACCUCCCAAACGCCCCAGAUCAUCUUUCGAAACUGAGACCCCGGCUGCUGCUAAUAUCUUCAGCGAUGAUGACUUGAGCAACGAAGAAGCAGAGUUAUACUUCAACGCCUUCUUUUCCGGAUGCGACCGCUACGUACCUGUCUUCGAUCCGCGUUACGAUUCUCUUCCAGCAAUUCGCAGCCGGAGUGAUCUGCUGUUCACUACCAUCUGCUCAGUGGGAUGUCGUGUUCUGAACGGAACGAAUCCGAGAUGGCGAACACUUGCAUUGCGGACGCAGCGUAUGUUGAACGCAGCGAUAGCGAACCCGUCGACUGGUAAUCUCGAGACUGUUCAGGCAUUGCUGGUCCAGGCAUGCUAUGCCGGCGAGAGAGCUAUUCUGAUAGCCAUUGCUACCCGCAUGGCCAUGGAUCUAGGGUUCACGGAAGCAUAUGACACGCUGGUUGCUGAAUCUGUUCUUGGUGAUGCACUCCCCAACAGCGAACAGGCUACCAUGGAGAACAACUACACGCGUAUGAGAAAAGCACGAGUUUGGCUUCACCUUCUCGUCCUGAGUUAUAUCCUCCACGUUGAUGCUGGAGGUGUGCCAACAUUCAAAUUCAGAGGUGCCUCUCGUCGGUGUAGAAUCCUACUCCAAAGUCCUUUCUCGACGGGUAUGGAUCACUAUCUUUUCGCUCAAGUCGAACUAAACGUUCUUCGUGCCAAGAUCUACGCUUCUUUGCCACAGAGGGCGAACCUAAGCGAUAGCGAAAUCAUGGACUUGGUAAGAGAUGCAAAACUCGACAUAGACGUUUGGUUCCAUGAUUGGAUACGCAUUUCGCAGCCACAUCACCAAGCUAUGCCGUGGUUCGUACCAAACUUGUCGGUCCAGAGAUGCUGGGCUGAUAACAUGGCUUUAUGUCGCGCGGUCAGAGCUGCGGGCGUGGAGAACGUGAAUGUCAUGUCGGUUACUCAAAAGACCAUUCUUGACAUGACCAAGGCGUCACUGAAACAACAUCUCGACAUAAUCAUCCAAGAGCCACGACUUUAUCUCAAGAGUAUCCGGUACGCUAUGGACUUUGUCUGGGCGAAGAAUACCUUUUGUUGUUUGCUUCUUCUCAAGCUAUCUGCUCUUCUACCCGAUAACGGCGAUCAGCAAUCACAACAUGACCUAGUAGCCAAAGCAAGCAUUUUAUUGAAUGAGCUAGAGACAGCUGUCGCUGGCGGACUUAAAGGAGACAGUCGCUCAAAUACAAGUGUUCUGUACCUUCAACUGUUGAAGUUGAGCAUCCAAAAGUACAAGCGAGGACUUAACCUAGACUCAGAUGAUGCUGCGGAACCUGAAGAUAGUGGAGAAUGUCAAGCCGGAUAUACGGAACUGGAGUCGUUUGUGCCUGAUCAGUUCGUGUUCGAGUGGGACUUUCCAGGACUAACGUUGUUUUCGUCGCCGAUCAAUGAGACGACAUGGUUAAAUGAGUUCCUCACUGGUUCGCAGGACUUUGGAGAGAGUGGAGGAAGCAUUAAUUGGGCUUUGAUAGACUUUUCUAUGUGA